AUGAGCGGCCAUACGCACGGUCAGGUGCAGCCACGUUCAACAGCAUCGAUUCUUGUUAUCGGUGAUGAAAUACUAAAAGGCACGACGGCUGAUACAAAUUCGCAUUUCUUAUGCCGUCGUCUCCAUAAACUUGGUGUUGUUGUCAAAAAGAUCAGUGUUGUUGGCGAUGAUGUCGGUAUAAUAGCAAACGAGGUCCGACAACUGCGCUCCGCUGUCGAUGUAGUUUUUACGACCGGUGGGAUCGGACCUACACACGAUGACAAGACCUACAUUGGCGUUGCGCGAGCUUUUGACGACGAGCUGACGCUAAACCAAGAAAUUGCCUCCGUCGUGCAGACGCUUUCCAAGCAGCCCUCACACAACCAAGGCUUUAUCGACAAGUUAUCUACGGUUCCCACGUCUGCGCAACUCAUUUGGGGAAAAGACAAACAAACUGGCGAACGCGGCAAGUACCCGAUAGUCAAGGUACAAAAUGUGGUCAUAUUCCCGGGAGUACCGCGAUUCUGCGAACUGGCCUACAACAACAUCGAGCAAGAUCUGUUCCCGCCACAAAACUUCCGGGCACUGUACACCACGUUUCUCUAUUCGAAAGCUUCGGAAUUCGACUUUUCAGAGGAUGUCGCUAAGAUAGCUGCUCGUUUCGAUGACAAGGUCGAGAUUGGCAGCUACCCUGAUUUCACGAACAAUUAUUUCAAAACGAAGUUGGUUGUUGAGAGUGAAGAUGCGCAGGCGGGCGAGGAAGCGGCGGUCGAGCUGAGGAAGAUUAUCGGCGAAAACCUUGUUCACUAUGACACGAAACCGUGGAUCGACACUGUCCGCAAAUGGGACAGUUUCAAAUUUCGUGUAGCUCAGCAGGAUCCGAAGUUCGCGGCAGGUUUGGACGAAGCCAUGUUGUGCAUUGACAAGAUAUUGGAGGAGUAUACGCUCGACCAGGUUGCGCUGUCGUUCAAUGGCGGAAAAGAUUGCACGGUGCUUCUCCACAUGCUGCGGGUAGCAAUUGAUAGAAAGUACGGUCCAGGUCGGCAAUUCACCGGAUUCCACAUUGUCUGCGAGGAUCAGUUUCCAGAGUUGACGCAAUUCAUCAUUGAUGCAGCAAGGCUCUACAACAUCAUCGUUACGGAAGUGCCGGGCCCUCUGAAGGAAGGAGUACGUUUGCUUAAGGAGAAGCGACCAGCAGUCGUCGCCGUCUUGAUGGGAAGCCGGGCCAGCGAUCCGAAUGGAAAAUUUAUGAAGUCUCCCGUCGAAUGGACCGACGCCGAUUGGCCACGCGUGCUGCGUGUUUGUCCGAUUCUGCCUUGGAGUUACGCGGAUGGGUACACCUCGCUGGGAGCCAGAGGGAGCACGCAGCCCAACGAGAAACUGCGUUUAUCGCGGCCCGGGUCGCGUGGCUAUCUUCCCGCCUACAUGCUCGAUGACGGUACCCACGAGAGGAGCGGUCGCGUCAAACUG